UCAAAGGAAAAAAGAACAGAUUGAAUUUGUACACAGUAAUGAAAUGAGUAUCUAAAAGAAAAUGGAAAGAAGAAUCAAAUCAAAUCAAAUUUGAAUGCGAAGAAGUCAAUAACGGCUGCUUCAAUCUGUGAUGCUGCCGAUCGUACUACUACCAAAGCUAAUCCAAGGGGCACGGGUUCAUCAUGUCGAGUCGAGCCCAGGGCUUGCCCUUCCUGCUCCAAUGGAGCAAGCUCAAAGGACCUGGGUGGAGUGACCGGCAACUCCAGCUCUGGUUGUCGUCGCCGAGCCCGUGCUAGUUCCACCGGUGGUCCACUACCUCCAUGUCGUCGGCGACAGCGAACCCAGCUCAUAGAUCCGUUGCUUCUUCUGGAGCUCCAUCCAAAUCUCGAUCUUGCUCUGGUAAUGACCCACCCGCCAUUCAUCUCCCUUUCCGGCAUCGGAAAAGUCCCUCAAGUGUACAGUUUCUGGAAAUGGGGUGCUUUGAUUCUAGCCUUGGUCGCUACUUUUAGCGGCGUAAUCACCAGAAUCAAGCUUUUAGUUCUUCGAUUCUGCAAAGAUAAGUUCUUACCUUCUUCAGGACCUCAAUGGACCCAGCAACUCGACAAGGAGGACGAUGAAGACCAAUCUUGCUUCUUGGAUUCAUCGGAGAACGACGAAGAGGAUGACGAGCUGACAGAGAGAGAGAGAGAAGAUAGUGUUGUGAGCUUUCUGCUUGACAAGUUCGACUUCCUCCUAAGCGAAGAGUGGGGUCUCCUGAGCGGCAUUCACGACAGGAUUGAUGGCCCAAAGGGCGAGUUUGAAAUGAUCGAGGUAUUGUUGAAGGACCGCAACAAGGGGGAGAGGACAAGUAGCAAGUCUGAGUCUGGAUUCAGCAAGCUCAAUCGGGGGUUGGCCAACGACAUAGAGGACGUUCUCGACAAUCGACAUGUACGGUUUUCAUGGCGCAGGCGUGUCCAACUAGUUCCUAGAGCUUCUUCAGGGACUUACUAGGUGGAAACAAGGCCGCUCCAUCGCCAUCUUGGUAUGUGAAAUCAAUGCCAAACUCGAUAGCGUCAAGCAAACUAGGGAAAGGUUUGAUUCCAUUUCAUUUGGUCCAUCAAAUUCUACAUAAUAUUGUACAUCCUCAACGUGCAUGAAUGGACAAAUAUCCUGUGAUCAGCGACACUCUACCCUCAUCUUCUUAAAGCCGCCAAAAUCACUCCUACCUCUACCCCCGAGUUGUCACUGUGUAUCUUGACGGAUCUGGAGUUGCCGAAAUUGAAGAACCACGGCACAAGUUGUGAGAAUGGGCAGUAGCUGGGGAAGCCAAACUAGAUGUGAUAUUCGUACCAGGGAUGGGUGGAUUGGGAAGGACAACCCUUGUCAGGAAAGUUGUCAACAAGAUUAAGAACAACUUUGAUUGCUUCGCAUGGAUAACCAUCUCCAAGUCCGACAAGAACGAGGAGCUUCUAUGGACCAUGCUAAAGCACGUGUUCGAAUCUACUGGCAAACAGGUUCCAAGCUCGUUCCACACCAUCAACCAGCUCCAGCUGAAGGAUAAACUUCGGGCCUAUCUCCAACACAAAAGGUUUCUAAAUUUAUGGAAGAAAGAUGUCUGGGAAUCCAUAAAGCACGCCUUGCCUACUCAAAACCAAGGGCGAAUCAUUAUAUCACAACCAGGAAAGGUGAUAUCGCUUGGAUAUGCAGCCACAUCUCUGCCCAGGUUCAUAACCUCCAGCCGCUGCCAUUAGAUAAGGCUCACGAGCUUUUUUACAAGAAAAUUUUCCCGUCAUCUGGUGAUUGUCCUGCAGGGUUGCUAGCCUGGUCAGACAUGAUCUUAGAAAGAUGCGAAGGGUUGCCUUUGGCAAUUGCCGCCCUAGGCACUCUACUGUCCCAUGCAGAGAGGACAACAGAUGCAUGGAAGAAGCUACACGACAGCCUUGGGGCUAAGCUACAUAUGAAUGGCUGUCUUUCGAGUACUAGAAAAGUGUUGUCCAUCUGUUACGACGACUCGCCUUAUUAUCUGAGGUAUUUCUUGCUAUACUUCAGCAUUUUCCCAGAAGGCUCGUUCGGCUAAGGACUAGUGAAAGAAGCGAAUGGGAAAACACUUGAGGAGGUUGGAGAGGACUACUUAAGUGAGCUAAUUGGCAGAAACCUGGAAAAUGUAAGUGGGGUGGAUUUUGAUGGACUACCAAAAACCUGUUGCGUUCACCAUCUCUGGCACAAGAUCAUUCUCUCAAAGUCCCAGGAAGAGAAUUUCUGCAGGGUCUCUACUGAAACAGAAAUGAUGGCUCUCUGUCCAGAGGAAGUUCAAUUGAUUGUCGCAAAAUGUCUUCCCCUGUGCUCGUAGCCUUUUCAUGUUUGGCAUGGAAGCUCUCUUUGCUACCCAGAAUAUCCGCAAAAGCUUUUGCAUUCUGAAGGUUUUGGACUUGGAAGUUGCUCCACUAGACAUGUUUCCUCAAGUCAUGUGUGAACGUCUCCUUCUUCGGUACCUAAGCUUGAGAGAUACAAAAAUCCAGAAGCUUCCAAAGUCCCUAGGUAGGCUUCAAAAUUUAGAAACUUUGGAUCUUAAGCAAACUCUAGUCACUCAGUUGCAUGAUAACAUACUCAGACUCGAGAAACUGAGGCAUCUGUUAGUUGAUCACCGCCUCACAGAGAAUUUUCCAAGUGAACAGAUAAGAGGAUUCAAGACAUCGUCAAAAAUAGGGAGGUUGGAAGCCUUACAGAAACUAUCGUAUAUAAGAGCCGGUAAGAAUGGUGGCAGAGUCAUUCAAGCCCUGGGAAACUUGACACAACUAAGGAAACUGGGAAUUGUUGAACAGGCAGAAGAAGAUGGAAAACACUUGAGCCACUCAAUUAAGAAGAUGGUGAACCUUCGUUCCUUGGAUGUAAAAUCAAUCAAGGGGGAGUUUCGGGAUCUAGUUGUGGUAUCUUCUCCUCCACUUCUUCAAAGUUUGUAUCUAAACCGGCGGUUGCAAAAGGUACCAGAUUGGGUUUCGUCACUAUAUGACCUGGUGUGGUGAGAGUACGUCUAAUGCGAUCCAGAUUAGAAAGCAACCCUAUUACUAUCCUCCAAGACCUUCCCAAUCUGUUGGAACUCCAGUUGCUUGAUGCCUACACUGGAACCAAAUUGGAUUUUCUUCCAGGAAAGUUUCAAAAAUCUGAAGAUAAUACAAAUAGAAAACUUGAACAUGCUAGAAUUGGUGGUGGUGGGAACAGCUCUCUGUCUAGCCUGGAGAAGCUUGUUAUAAGCCAGUGUAGAAAAAUACAGGAUGUUCCUGAAGGUAUUAGCGAAUUGGCAAGGCUCAAAGAAUUAAACCUGUACAAUAUGUCAGAGAAGCUUGUCAGUGGGCUUGAAAAAAAUGGCGGCCAGUUCCAUGGGCUUGUCAAACACAUCCCCUCUCAUUCAUUUGUAUUCUCUUCGUAGUAAUGAUUGCUCGAAGCAAAUGGAUCUUCCAUGAUUUAUAGAAAGUGCAUGUCCCGGAGCCCAGGUAUGAAGAUGCAUUAUGCACAUACUUUAUUUACUUCCUGUGACAGCGGCUAGCUAAAAAGAUAAUUGUGCUAAAGAUAAUGCAAUCUCACUGGUUCUAUGUUAGCAUGGGAUCCAGAUUCAUUGUCAGAUUUUAUGGUGUUUGCUGAACAUGGUAGAUAAAGAGUCGAGCAGAAAAGUGCAUUUCGAUUCAUAGGGAUAGCAAAGCCAAUUUACUAUUUUUGUUACUAUUGUUUGCUUCAGCAGAGCAAAAAUAAAAGGGAAAACAAGGUGACUGAUUGGCGAGGUUAAAAACUACGUGUGAUCAACAACACGACUAUCCAUUAAAUUUGUAUUUGUACCUAUUGCCACGCCUUCAUUUGUGUGAUGCACAGGUGCAUAUAUUAUGCAAAGCUAUCUUUGAUUUAAUUUUAAAUAGUCUUUCACUACAGCUGAUGCCAUACUCAUAUAUGGAGUUUUGCCUAUUUAUAUAGCCAAAAUGGCUAGCUUCAAAUGCUUCAUUUUGGAUGUUGUUUGAGUUAGACACAUGUCAGAUAUAGGUACUCGUCAGGUACACUGACAGGACACCAGGAGUGACAUGUUCUAGUUCAUUAUUAUUAUUAAUAUGUGUUCAUGAUGUAGACAUGCUUGAG